CUCUCUCUCUGGGUCAGCUGACUGUCGCUGACCCCGGAUCCAGUCUCUGUGUUUCCGGUGCGGGGCGGAGGGCAGUUGCUGCCGGUGUGUCCGAUUCAGCAAUGUCGGGCAUUUUCGACUGGCUGUACAAUGGCUUCACCAGCAUGCUACAGUUCCUGGGGCUAUAUAAAAAAUCGGGAAAAUUGGUCUUCCUGGGCUUGGAUAAUGCUGGCAAAACCACCUUAUUGCACAUGCUGAAAGAUAACAGACUGGGGCAGCAUGUUCCUACAUUACAUCCCACAUCAGAAGAGCUGACAAUUGCGGGAAUGACGUUCACUACGUUUGACCUUGGAGGUCAUGCGCAAGCCCGGCGAGUCUGGAAGAACUACCUCCCUGCCAUUAAUGGGAUUGUUUUCCUGGUUGACUGUGCAGAUCAUACACGACUUGCUGAAUCUAAAGUUGAGCUUGAUGCAUUAAUGACAGAUGAAACAAUAUCCAACGUUCCCGUUCUUAUCCUGGGUAACAAAAUCGACCGAUCAGAGGCCAUCAGUGAGGAGAAGCUUCGGGAAAUCUUUGGCCUGUACGGACAAACAACAGGAAAGGGGACUGUGCCACUGAAGGAGUUAAACACCCGGCCGCUCGAGGUGUUUAUGUGCAGUGUGCUGAAGCGUCAGGGUUAUGGAGAAGGAUUUCGCUGGCUUUCGCAAUAUAUUGACUGAACUUGAGACAAAACUAUGCCACUCUGGACUGAACUAGUUUGCAGCUGUCUAAGUAUUUUUUUUGUUUCCUUAUGUUUUUUUUUUAAAAAAUGGACAUACAUCUGUUGACAAGAUCGCAAUGCCAACCAGGAGAGAAUUCAGAUCUGCUGCAUUUUUAAAUAUAAUUUUCAGUUGGGUGUUUGUACCUAGAUUAAAAUCGGAAUUACUUUCGCAAGUGUAAUCUUUUUACAGCUCUGACAUAAAUGUUGCUGAGAAUUCACACUUGAAUUAGGCUGCGCAGCAGUCCGAGAAAUGUAUGAUUUUUUUCUUUUUUUUGACCCAUUUUUGAGAUGCACGGUAGUCCCUGAAGCUGUACAGGUAUGUCUGUCCCUCUGUGCCCCAAGACAUUGUUGACAGAAUAGAAUAGCAGCUGUAUGGCCACCCCUCAAAGCAUUUUAGCCAAAUCAAAUGGUAGUCUAAAUUGCAUUCACAAGUCAAAAAACUUUUCUCACUUGUCUUUGUCUGUACUAACAUAGCUUGUCUCCAGAGCCAUUUCUGUAUAAGUUUUGAACAGUCUGAGGCUGAAUUUGAACAUUCUGUACGGUCCUGGGUACAUUCAAAUGUGGCCAGCAAAACUGUGACGAUUCUGUUUUGUGUAGUUCCUAUGAGACGAGUCUGCGAGAACUAUUGUGUGAAAGUUCUUUCAGCUACCAAUUGACACUAAGCGGGGUGUGCUGUUUACAUACGCGGCGUUAAUAUUUGAAGGUACAUUAGUGGCAUACGGACUGGUUACAAUCCUGUCGAUGAUUUGUAAAUGUGCAUGUAAUUUGGUUAAUUAUUUUGAGAAUCCGUUGACCUGUGGUUAUGAUAUCAGUGUGUCAUACAGGUUGGAUUUUGGCAUUGAGAUGGCUCUUUGCCAAGCUUUUAAUCAGAACCAGGAUAUUUCGCCCUCUUGAAAUCUGCACGCCCAGUUUUUUUUUUAACGUAAAUAAUGGCAAAAUCAGAAAAUACAACAUUUUUUGUGAAUAGAGAUUUAAUUUUAUGACUGAAUGAUGUGUCGGGCAACAAGGUUUCAUUUUCCAUGUGGCAUGGAAAAACUUUGGGAGUGGGGAAAUGCACAAAGUAAGUCACGGCCGGGUGGCAUGUAAUGUGGAGUCACAGUUUUAAACGUGAUUAGCGAGUAAUUUCAAAUAAUUUAACACGAGCUGUUAACGUCAUGAAUUUGCGAUGGGACUUGUUGAUAUUUGGGCGAAUUGCACAAUUUCAUGCACACUUUUUAUUGUAAAGCUUUUCUAAAAUAUGAACUAAUUUGUACAGUUGAUGCUUUUAGUGUGAUCGUGGAGACAACACGACAUUAUGCAGGCUGCAUAAUGUGGGGAACUGUUUUACAUUUGCAUUUUAACAGUUUACACAUGUUAACAGUAACAGUGGUUGUGGAUUGAACAUGGAACUUUGAAUUUCUGUUCAUUGACUAGGAUAUGCUUAUGAUGUGAAAUUGAGCAGCAUUCAUUUGAUGUGGACAGCAACCAGACAGCCUUUCCCCCUGAGAAAUUAAAGCAGUGGCCAGUCAACACUAUAUUGCUAUUUUUUUUUGCUUCUCUAUAAGCUUUUGUCUGUUGCUCAUAAUGGUGAUGUUCCUUCAAAGUUAUUGAAGGAAUGGAGGCAUUCUGUAUGGCGGUUUUACUUUAUUCUGGAAUUAGAAAUUGUACCUUCUCCCAGCCCAGGAGCAAAUGGCUUUCUUGGAAACACCAAACAAGCUGUUCUCCUCUGUUAGGCCCCAUGCAGCAAGAGCAGACAAAGAUGCAAUGCUUCCUGGAAUGGACAUACAGUGGAAGCCAAUUAAUGGGAAUGUUAUAUUUUGUUUACUCGCAUCCAGCCUCGUACACUUUUUUUUUAAAAAAAAGGACAAUUGUUUGCUCAAUAUGAGUGAUUGGGAUAAAGAAAAUGUUUUCCUUACCCCAGAAGUGUGGUGUUUACUCUUGAGGGGCAUCUACAGUAAUCCAUUCUUAGGCCAAUUAUCUGGGGACUUGCCUGUCUCCUCAGCAUUGAAUGCAAAACUUGACAUUUUCUUUCCCCUUCUCCCUAAAACUUUCAGGCCUAACGCAACAGGUUGGUACUGUACAUCUGCAGUAUUACUCAGUUAUUGCAGCUCUACAUGUUUGUGGUCAUUGCUCUCCACUGUUUGAGAGAGUGUUGGAGACUGCUUUAACCCUUUGCCAAUCUGAUGCCUUCAUCAACUCAUUAUUGGAAACAAAACUGUUCUUACCCUCACGCUGAUCAUUCUCUAUUUGGUAGAAAGAUAACCUGCAACAUGUAUAAAUGUAUUAUAAAUCAUUGCUUUAUUUGAAAUAAACAUAAUUAUAUA